AUGCAUUUCACGCAUUGUCAGGGGCAGGGCACGGGGAGAGCCGUCGGGGACGGGACGGGACGGGCUGGCUGCGGAGCGGGCGCGUCCCGGUCCCCCCCGCGGGAAGGUCAGUGUCGGGGGCUGCGCUCCGCCGAGGGGGGGCCACAGUGCUCCGCGCAUCCCCGACCCCGUGCUCCCCACGCUGGCGGGCACGAUCGGUCCAGACACGUCCCGAAGGCACCGCGUUUUCCCCCAUUUCCCAAAACUGCCAUUCCGAGUCCACCGGCGGCCGUCAGGCACGAGAGAGGCUCUCCGAGCCGCCUUGAGACUACAGGGGCUCUCCCCACUCGCCACAAAGCGCCUCGAGCCACUUCUCGCUUCAGCGGCAAGGUGCAGCUCACCGUGGUAGCUUUUUCAGAGAAAAGUUUCACCGCCCGAGUGGGGGUCGGCGCCGUCGCGGGUGCCCACCUCGCCCGGGGGCGUCCCCGCCCACCAUCCUCCGGGGAGCCAUCCGCCCGGGUCCGAGCCGUGGCUCUUGCCCGGAGGGUCUUUCUGCCCAGGGCCGGAGCGCGGGAGGCGGGGGCGGUGAGCGGCCCCUCUGAAUCGGUCCCGGGCCCCGGUGAACUCGGAGGCCUGUGCAGCCGUCGGGGCGCUCGGCGGAGGUAUCUCCCAGAACGGGAAGCCGCCUUCAUCCGCCCGAGGGAUACGGAGCUCCUCCACCGAGGAGUCCCCUCCUCCUGGUCCUCUCACCGCCCCCCGGGACGGCUCGCUGCCCCGUCGGGGCGCGGGGCGCUGGCGGCGGAUGCUCCCACCCGUGAGACCCCCGCCGCAUUGCCAGUCCUCGGGGAGCGGACAGCCUCCGCCCGGCGGGGCCGGACGCUCGGUCCGCGCCGUUCCAACUGGAAAUCCCGGGGCGGCGAGGAUCAGGGGGGCCGCGGCGGCCGUGGUCCGUCCGGGCGGGGCCGGGCAGGGCCGGGAAGAGCCUCUUGGCACCCCGGUGUUGUCCUGCGGGGCGCCAUAGCGGAGCUGACGCGGCGGGACCGGGCCUCCCCUGCUUUCUCCAAGCCGCUCGGCGUUCCAGGUUGCGCAGAGCAGGUGCACGGGGAAAGCGGGAGUCCGCGCCGACCCUGGGCGGCAGGCCGAGGCUGGGGACGCGGGGACCGGGACGGGCAGAGAGCGGGCGCUCCCGUGGGUCCCCCGGGUGCCGGCUCCCGACCGCCCGGUCGGCUCCCGCGGGGCUGCGGGCAGCGGCCGAGGGAGGCGGGACAGUCCCGGCUCCCGGGCGGGCCUCCCCCGCCUCCCCGGUCCGCCGUCGGGGCAGUGGUGGCACGGAGGGGUGGCCCCACGGGACCCGGCGCGGGGCUUCAGGAGCAGAGCGGGGGCUCUGGGAGCGGGGCAGGGAGGCGGAGAGCCGCCGCCCCCGGGGCCUCGGGGGGCAGCGCUAGAGGGUGCAGCUCCCGGCCGCGGGGAGGAGGGGACAGGCGGUUGAGAACCGGGUUUGCUUGGCUGUCAGUCACGCCUUCCCCACGCUUCUCCGUACCGCGGCGAGCCGUGUUCCCCACCAGCAAACCCCCCAAAGCUGCCGCAAAAGCUGCGAGCCGGCGUUGCGGGAGCCGCCGGGUCCCGCCGGGCCGGGGGACCUGCACAGGCGGUUCCCUCCUGCCCUGUGCGGCGGAUUUUGUCGCAGGAGCGCGGCGCUGGGGUGAAUGGAUGAUGAGUCAGUCAAAAGGAGCUCUCACCCGGGCCGUUCCCAUCCGCCUGAGCACCGCGCGGGGACAGCUCUGCUACGGCCGCGGGCCGGGCUGGGCAUCUGGGACUCUGCCGGGGGCUGAGCCGUCGGGGCUGAGCCGCGGGUGCCACGGGAAAAUCAGCACCUGCGGCGUCCGGCCGAGCCCCCCGCCCAAGCCCCGGGCCUCCCCCCCGCUCCCGCAGGGAGCAUUUGCAGCCCCCGGCCCGACCGGCCCCUGUCGCCCCCACCCCUCGGCCCCGGGCAGGUGCAGCCCAGCCGUCCCUUCCGCAGCCAGGCACGCUGAGCUGGAGCUACCAGAGCGGUUCUACCACCAGUUGCACGAUGGCUUUGCCAUCCCCCUAUCCCCCCGCCCCAGCGGCAAUCCCAGGAGGAGCGUGGGGUCUGUUUCCCAGGCGCGGCCGGGGGAAGAACCGCGGAAGACUAGGGGCAGCCGGCAGAGCCCCAAGCCUGCCCGGUCCCCAGCCUCAUCCUUCCCUCCCCGGCAACUUUCAGAACGGCUUUGUACAGCUCCGGAUAGCGCGCCCAUUCCCAUGGCGGCGGGGUCAGGGGCACAAGGCGGGGGACACACGCCCACCCUCUCAAGGUUUGUGUUUGGGGGCUCGGAUCUUCCAGCUGGAAACCACAAGCAGCGCUGGGACAUUGAAAGGAGGGGACCUUCUAGAGAUAGACAAAGACAUCAGUUGGAAGCACUUCAGGAGAGGACGUCAAAAGGGGUGGAGAGAAGGCGAAAGUGUGUCCCCGCCCGUCCCCGUCCACCCGGCGCUAUAAGAGCAGCCCGAGCCGGCGAUGGGGCAGUGGGGCCAGCGUGUGGGCCUAGGGUGCCACUGGGUCUCGGGGCUCACCCUGCCUGGAGGCUGGUCCAGACUUUCAUUGCAAGGCUUCCUCGGGAUGUGGUGGGGCUCUCCUAA